ACUUGUAAUAAUGUAGUAUUGAAAACGUUCAAAAGCCACAUUUAAAAAGGAAGUGAAGACGGAGUGGUCGGUUUUGCCUUGCUGAAGUUGACGUCGAUGGCCGAAGACUUACGGUGAUAAUGAAUGACCGGUUACGGUCUUUUCUUUUGAGCUUAAAUUUUUUCCCUCCCACCAUUUUUUUCUUACUUUUCCAUGAACUUGUAGUGAUAAAUCUAAUCUAUUAUUAGUGAUUACUGUUUCUCCGCCGGUUAACCGGAGGCCUGUUCGGCUGUUCCAGUGCCCGCUGUUGCUGGUUAUUUCUAUUUAAAUUAAUAUAUAUAUAUUAAGAAAAAAAAACAAUGCAGCAGCUACCACAUACUUUGACGCAAUCAACGCCACGUUACGUUUACUUUAAAAGGAUAGACUAUCGAAGACUUGGCUUUUCAACAUUUUUUUGUAAGGGAUUUGCCUUUUCAUUUGGUUUCGUUUAGAAUAAUACUAUAAAUUAAGAAAACCCUGAAGAAACUAUAUAACAUUCAAAAUCACAACAUUUCCAACAAAAUCCACUUUGGUCAUGACAGGUUCUUCUUUUUCUUCUUCUCGACCACACCACUUGCUCUUCUUUAUAGUAUUAAUUUUUCCAUUUCUCAGCUUAGCACAAGAAUUACCCGUCAAUAUAGACGGUAUUAUCUGGGAAAUCCCUUCAAAUUCAUCAUGUCCAUCAUCCCAACAAAGCAACUUGUCCAAUUCCCAAUUCUCCAACAAUCUUAAAAGUCUUGUCUCUUCAAUCCCUUCUCUCCAUUCCAACACCUACAACUUCUACAACCUCUCGGUCGGAAUUAAAGAACGAGUCGAAGCCAUUGGAAUCUGCAAUAGAGUACUCACUCGAGCAGAUUGUUUAAACUGUAUCUACCAAGCCGCAGUGAAUCUGACCACAAAUGACUGUCCACAACAUAGAGAAGCUUACAUACGUGCCACGAAAUGUAUGUUUCGUUACUCGGACAAACCCAUUUUCGGAAAACUCGAAACAAGUCCUAUAUUAGAGUUAGAAAACCUGAACAACGCAGCAACGGGAGAGUCUGUUCGGUUGCAGAGCGAGUUACUGAACGGACUCAGACAACGUGCUGCGGCAGGUGGCUCAAUGAGGAAGUAUUCUCAAGGAAAUAUUACUGAUUUUCUACCUAACAGAACAUUCUUCGCUGUCGUGCAGUGCACGCCGGAUUUGUCUGAGAAAGACUGCAACGAUUGUCUCAACUAUGGUUUCAGGAACGCAACCAAAGGGAGAUCAGGGAUCAGGUGGUUUUGUCCCAGCUGUAAUUUUCAGUUAGAGAGUAACUUGAGAUUCUUCGGUCUCGAGAGCCAGUAUGAGCGUGAUCUUCCAUCAGCACCACCCGAACCAAGACCAGAGAUUGAACCGGAACCAGGAGAAAAGAAAUUAAAUAUUAUACUCAUCGCUGUUGGCUCUGUUGCUGGUUUAGCCAUAAUUGUUGCCUACCUUUACUUCAUGUUGACAAGGAAAAGAAGACAGGGAAAACAAGGCAAAGAUGUCCAAGACAAUAAGAUUAAAGAUGCACAACUAUUGCAACUCGACUUUGAAACCAUAAGAGUAGCAACUAAUGACUUCUCUUCUGGGAACCAGCUUGGAGAAGGUGGCUUUGGUGCAGUUUAUAAGGGUGUUCUUGAUUCUGGAGAAGAGAUAGCUGUGAAAAGAUUGUCACUGGAAUCCGGACAAGGAGACCAUGAGUUCAUAAACGAAGUAUCGUUAGUUGCGAAACUUCAACAUCGGAAUCUUGUUAGGCUUUUAGGUUUCUGCUUGGAUGGACAAGAGAGACUACUCAUCUAUGAGUUCUUCAAGAACACAAGCCUUGACAAUUACAUAUUUGAUUCAAAUAGGAGAACGAUCUUGGAGUGGGAAAAACGUUAUCAGAUAAUCGUAGGUGUUGCGCGAGGUCUUCUUUAUCUCCAUGAAGAUUCUCGUUUCAAAAUUAUUCAUAGAGACGUUAAAGCAAGCAAUGUUCUAUUGGAUGAUGCAAUGUAUCCAAAGAUUGCAGAUUUUGGAAUGGCUAAAUUGUUUGAUACAGACCAACCAAGUCAGACUAGGUUUACAAACAGAGUUGCAGGAACCUACGGUUACAUGGCUCCAGAGUAUGCGAUGAAGGGGCAGUUCUCAGUAAAAACUGAUGUAUAUAGCUUCGGCGUACUAGUCCUUGAGAUCAUUUCAGGCAAGAAAAACAAUUGGUCUCCAGGAGAAGGAAGCUCAUUGUUCCUCCCUAGCUAUGUAUGGAAGAGCUGGAGAGAAGGGAAAGUGUUAAACAUCGUGGAUUCAAGUCUGGUUGAGAGAGGAGGUCUAAGUGAUGAACUCAUGAAAUGCAUUCACAUUGGUUUGUUAUGCGUUCAGGAGAAAGCAGAGAGUAGACCAACGAUGGCUUCUGUUGUUGUAAUGUUCAAUGCAACUUCUUUCACUUUACCGAGACCCUUGCAACCUGCUUUUUACUUAGGAGAUAGAGAAUCAAGAGAAGACCACAUACUUGUUGCAUCAACAAUGACUUGGAAUGAAGUUACAAUCACUGAGUUAGAUCCUCGUUAAUUCGUAUGGAAAGACAAAAAAAAUUUAAAAGUCAACUUGAAUGAUCACUCGGGUGUUCUUGAUUCUGAAGAAGAGAUAGCUGGGAAAACAUUUGUAACAUUCCAAUUUCUGGUAUAUGGAAAAGCUUAAGAAAAUUGAUUUGAC